GUGCAAGUGGCCUGUUUGGUGUCUAUGACCAGCUGUAGUCACGUGCGGAAGCUAAGUAACCACGCUUUUUGGGGCUUCUCCAAGGAGCAGAGUACAUAAUCCAAGACUCCAGGACGUGCACCAGAACACCUAUAUUGGUGUGCACGUAGUAGAUCAACCUUUACCUGUGGUUCUUUUGGGCUGGUGAGGACUUUAUUUCUUUUUCGAACAUCUGUCUUAGAUCGCCCUGGUCUGGUCUAGCACAGGCUUUCGUUGUUGAGCUUCUAGGCCUUCGAACUACUAGUAUUUAGUAGUUCCUCCACAGUUGUGGUUUGAUAUUCCUCAACGCAAACUACCUCUACUGUUCUGCCUUAUACCCUAGUACAGCUUGCGGCUCUUGUUUCAUUCCUAUAUCCCUUAUUGUUAUUGUACUGCCCAUUUCACUUGUUUUAUGUCUUUUGCGCUCGACCCUUAUUGGUCACUUCUCGAGUUGUUCUUUAUCGACGAGGUAUCUUGCCCAGGGAAGCUCGGGGUCUUGUGAGACUGACACCGACUCGUCUAGGUUUCUGUGCAAUGGCUGUGGAAGAGGACGAAGACACUGUCAUGGGAGAGGCGGUUACUCAUAACCCCAACCCUGCUCCCUCGCAGCAUCUCACUCAUGAUGGUGCUAGCCAUAGCAAUGGAGGAUCGGAUCCGUGGCUCGUACCACCCCUCCUAGGCCAAUCUCUCAAGCUGCCUGUCCAGUCAGUUGCUAGCGUGCAAAGCUCCCAGCCAACUGCUGCAGCAGACAACCACACAAUGUCACCGCCCAAGAGUCUACCAAAAUCAGCUGGCUCUGGUGAUGCCACCGCAGAAGAUCUCGUCCAGCUAAAUGAUAGCCUCGUUGAGGAAAAUUCCGAGUGGUCUGAGGGUGAAGAUGCCGUUGCCAUUAGAGGCCUUCCCAUUGCUCAACUUCCUUCCGGUCUAUGUUAUGACGUCCAGAUGCGCUACCAUUGUGAAGUGCGUCCAACGGCAGAUGUCCACCCGGAGGACCCGAGGAGAAUCUAUUAUAUCUACAAGGAGCUAUGCCGAGCUGGGCUCGUUGACGACCCAGAAUCAUCCAGGCCGCUUGUCUCACGACCUAUGAAACGGAUUAGUGUCCGCAAUGCUACCGAGGAAGAAAUAUCUCUUGUCCACACUCCAGAUCAUUUCGCAUUUGUUGAAAGUACAAAAGAUAUGACUGAUGAUGAGCUUAUUGCGCUUGAACAUACUCGUGAUUCGAUAUACUUCAAUAAGUUGACCUUCGCAUCUUCACUAUUGUCCGUCGGAGGAGCAAUUGAAACAUGCUUAGCUGUUGCCACACGGAAAGUGAAGAACGCUAUUGCUGUUAUCCGGCCCCCAGGGCACCAUGCUGAACAUGACAAAACUAUGGGGUUCUGCCUGUUUAACAACGUAUCUGUAGCGGCUCGUGUAUGUCAGAAACAGUUAGGAGAAAAAUGCAGAAAGAUCCUCAUUCUUGAUUGGGAUGUUCACCAUGGCAACGGUAUCCAGAAGGCAUUCUACGAUGACCCUAAUGUCUUAUAUAUCUCACUCCAUGUGUAUCAGGAUGGAAAAUUCUAUCCUGGAGGGGAUGAAGGCGACUGGGACCACUGCGGUACUGGUGCUGGCUAUGGACGAAACGUGAACAUACCUUGGCCGAGCCAGGGAAUGGGCGAUGGCGACUACAUGUAUGCCUUUCAACAAGUCGUGAUGCCCAUUGCACAGGAAUUCAACCCCGAUUUGGUCAUAGUCGCCUCUGGCUUUGAUGCCGCUGUGGGUGACGAGCUGGGAGGUUGUUUCGUCACACCCACCUGCUAUGCUCACAUGACACAUAUGCUUAUGACCCUCGCAAAUGGAAAGGUUGCUGUUUGCCUAGAGGGUGGCUACAACUUCAGAUCAAUCUCAAAGUCGGCACUCGCAGUCACGAAGACUCUUAUGGGAGACCCGCCUGACCGGCUCCAUUCAACCCUCCCUUCAAAACUCGCAACGACUACCGUAAGACGAGUUAUGAUGAUCCAGUCCCAAUUCUGGAGUUGUAUGUACCCGAAAGCGCCGCAGGAGGAGGGACUCUGGACAGAUAGGCUACAUGAUGUUAUUCGUGCUUACCAGUCCAAACGACUCUAUGAAAACUACAAGCUCACCUCACUUUACAUUUACCGAACUGCCAUCUCCAAGUCCUUCGAGAACCAAGUUCUGGCCACACCGAAUUAUUACCAACGCAAUCCACUCCUGGUGAUAUUCCAUGACCCACCGGAAAUCAUGGGAUUGCCUCAUCCCGUUACGAAUAAGUUGGAAGCCCACAAUUGCUGGCUUGCUGAUUCCAUGAAAGACUAUAUCGGAUGGGCUGUUGGAAAAGGGUAUGCUGUAAUGGAUGUCAAUAUCCCAAAGCAUGUGACGAUCGAGCCCUCCGGGAAAUAUGAAGACGAGGAAGAGAACCGCCCCACAGCGACCGAGGAACUGGCAGCAUACCUCUGGGAUAACUACAUUGAACCCAAUGAGGCCACGGAAAUCUUCCUUCUUGGAAUCGGUAAUGCUUUCUACGGAGUCGCCAAUCUUUUGAUCAAUAGAGAUACGUUGUAUAAACGAGUGAAUGGCGUUAUAUCAUUCGUUGCCGAAAACCCAGUCCGCGCGAUUGCCUCUCAUACUCAGGUUUGGCUGUCAAGAUGGUACAAAGAUAAUUCUCUUGUGUUCGUUUCGCACACCCAUGGCGUUUGGAACACGGUUGAAAACCGGCGCAAACCAUCGAAGCGCUACGGGCACUUGAUCCAGUCUAGCAAGUCAGGACUGAGUGAGAUGCUGGUGCAUCACCAAGAGGAAGUGUUCCAGUGGAUUGAGGAUCGAGCUGAUACACACGAGAGUGAGGAGACGGAGGAGGAAAAACAAUCAAGUCGGUCUCCAACGAAGCCCGGCGAAGUGUUUGCCAAACCGACCUGAACGAUGACCGCAUUUUUGUGUUAAUUAUCUUGGUUGGCGGUCAGGAAUGUUACAUAAUAAUAUAACUUUUUAUUGCACGAAGGAUCAAUGAUGGUAACGCUAGGGAUU